AUGCCGGGUCUUACAGACGAAAUUUCAGCUGAUAUUCGCGAUGUCUUUAGUUUAUAUGAUGAUCGUGGAGAUGAUCAUAUUCCAAAACAUUAUUUAGGCGAAGCUGUUCGAGCAUUAGGACUUAAUCCAACUGAAGCAGAAAUACGUUUACUUCUUAGUGAUCUUAAUCGAGUUGAACGUUUAUCAAUGCAACAAUUUCAAGUUAUAUUUGAACGUUUAAGUCGACAAAAAGAAUGUGUUGCACCUGCAGAUGAAUUUGUUGAUGGCUUACGUGUUUUUGAUAAAGAUGGAAAUGGUUUAAUACCAGCAACAGAAUUACGUCAUUUAUUAACAACAUUAGGUGAAAGAUUAACAGAUGAUGAAGUUGAACAAUUAAUUUAUGAAUUUGAAGAUAAACAAGGAAUGAUUGUUUAUGAAGAUUUUAUUAAAGCUGUACUUCAACGUUAA